GUGUGUGUGUGCAUCCUCCCUGCCCUCCUGUCCUGUGUGUUGAUCACACAGUGUGUCAUCAUCCUUCUCCGGAUUCCCACCUACAUUUACAGGAAAGCUUCAUUCAGUCAAUCCAUUCCAGGGGGGAAGAGGAAUCAAGUCCAAUCGGAUCGACCCAGUAACUAGCUGAGCAGAACCAAGCACAAUGAGGACUGGAGUGUGUUUAUGUGUGUUGGGCCUGCUGGGUCUGGUCAGCGUUGGUGUUGGCCAGGAGGCUGGGGACGGCCAAUCUGGCAUUCACAUCUUUUGCGAUGACCCGUCUGUUGAGAAGGCCGUGAGCAGCGCCUUGGAAAAGUUCAAUGAAAGGUUGAACAGUGGAUACAAGCUGGCCCUCUAUCAGAUAUUAACAGCCCGCAAGUCAGAGAACGGCUCCAACAAUGUCUACGCACUACAGUUCACCAGCAGGAGGAGUGACUGCAUGGCAGGAAGUACCAAACUUUGGACAGACUGCAACUACCUGCCAUACGGACACAAAGACCCACUCUCAUGCAACGCUACAGUCCACAUGACAGACGACAAAACAAACACUGAGUAUGUGCACUGCACGCGAGGUGACUACAUCCACCCGGAGAGAGCUUCUUGUCUGGGCUGCCCAAUGCCGAUUGAUGAGAACUCAGAGGACCUUAAGGUUCCGCUGUCUGUCUCCAUCGUGAAGUACAACUCCAUCUCCAACUCUACACACCUGUUUAAUAUUCACAGUGUCGAAAGCGCCACCAGACAGGUUGUGGCAGGUUUCCGAUUUAAACUGAGAUUCGACAUGCGGAGGACCACCUGUGCCAAGGCUGAACACAGCGACCUCAGUGACCUCUGUGUGCAUGAUGACCAAAGCAUGGAGUUCAUUAACUGUAACUCCACAGUAGAUGUAGCACCAUGGAGAUUUGAGACCCCACAGGUCAACAUCAUAUGUGAAGAAGGUGCCCUGCCUCCUCGGAUUGAGGCGUUCAGCAGGCGUUUGCCCCCUGGCUGGACUCCAUUUAGGGAGGCUUUACAGCCCUCCCUUGCUCCCACAUUGGCAUCUGGCAAGGAGGAAUCAUCUGAGGAGGACGCAACAGCGUCCCCCACUGCUGGAGCUGCAGAAGCUGAGAAUGGAGACCCCUUCCACUGCCCAUCUAAGCCAUGGAAGAAGUUCCAACCAGUCCAGACUGGCACACCGGCACCUCCUACAAACAGGCCUCUCCUUCUCGAAGACGUGCUGGCAUGAAUGCGUCUUCAAAGGAACAUAUAUAGUUCAAAAUAAUCUCUUCCCUCGCAUGCAUUGUCCUAACGUAUUGUAGCGUUUUAUAAGUGUAAUGCAAAACUAAGAAUUGUAAUCCAUCUUGUCAUGACAGAAAAAAAAACACUUGAAACACACAAAAACAGGAAGCAAAAGUAAGUUGAUAUCAGUUCAUUGACUUCAUUAAAAUAAGUAAUGUGUUUUGUUUCUUGCUCUACAAAGAUUCCCUGCAAUCCCUGCAAAGUCCAUUAUUUGUUGUGCAUUUUUAAUGGAAUAAACAUUUAUUUCAGCCCCUA